ACGAUGCAGUGCCCGAUUGCCCGGGCCUAUAACCAAGCCCUGUGGAUACCCGAUGCCUUAAUUUCUUUCAAUGAGCGCCCAGGAAUGUGAAAAUUUGUGAAAUAUCUUGCAAUGCCUCUAAAAAGACGAAUCUCUGCGUUAUCUGAAAUUCCGGUGGAGUUAUGUGCUGUUUGUGGAUAGCGUAUAUACUGCCUGUUGAAUAAAAGGAGUGACAAGAUCUGUCUGGGGAAGGGUAAUGAUCCAUUUCGAAUAUUACAUACACGAUUUUUUUUCCUGGGGAUCAUGAUAAUAUAGUUUAAGUUGCGGACAUAGCUCAUAAGUAUUGGUAGGAACUUUUGUGGUGAACCAAAGCGUCACUGCGACAUAAUGCAACGGGGGUCAGUAGGAAUAAAAGCUUUUCCGUUAGUAAAUAGAACCGUGCUGAGGCCUUAAUUGAACUGGACCAGCGACCCACCAUGAUGGACUUCUGCCUGCGUCCGAGACUCCACAGCGACGAGGAGAGCGAGGAGUCCCUUCCGCCAUCGGCCUCUCUCCUCUCCUCUCCUGGGGACUCCGACGUCUUCCUGAAGGAGUCCGCCUUCGGAAGCUUCAACUCCGGCGCUUCCAGCCUCAUCUGGCCCCAAGUCUCCCCGCGGCGCCUGAGGUUCCGCUCUUCGUCGUCAAGCAGGUCGUCCCAAGUGAGUUCGAGCAGCGAAUCGGACAAGCCGUCGCGCCAAGGAUCUGUCAAGAGGAUCGUACGCUCUCUCUCGGCCAUCUUACGACCCAGCAGCGAAUGGGACGACCUCGAGUUUAUGCUGCAGCCGACCGCGUCCCUCCUCCACGAGGUGGGUGAAGCGCUGCUACACGUGUACCGGUCCAAAACUUUCCCGACGGAGGGUCUCAACGCUUUCCAUCAGAAGCUUACGGCCCUGGUGAUGAGCGGCGGAGGAGCUAGCCUGACGGGGACGUGGCGCCAUCAGGUGGUACCGACGGGGACGCGGCUGGUGGCGGUGCGAGUGGCCAGCCCGAGGGACGGGGACCGCGUGGCGGCGCUGCUGACGGCGUGGUCCUCCCUCUACGCCACGACGCUGCCCCUGCUGCAGGCUCUCCUCGCUCCUUUCACUAGUCUAGACGUGAGGCGUGAUGUGCUGCAGGCCUUCCGAGAUUCUGUUCUUCCGUACGCUGCGCUGCCCUCCGCCCUGGUCUCGGUUCACUCGACCUCGCCCUCCACACGAUGGAGACUCAAGCAGAUGCUCUUGCUCCUGGCUCGUCUCGAGCCGUGUGAAUGUCGUCUGCCGAUUCCGAUUGAGACCCAGAAUUGUGAAGGAGAGACGAAGGAGAUGCAAGAAAGCAGCCGAGAAAGAGGAAGCAGAGGAAACGGAGAAGAGGAAGAUAUGCGGGGAGAAGAGAGCUCUUCAGUAACGAAGCUAAGUCAUACUACCGAGGCGCUGGGGUUGCUGUUGCAAGCGGAAAUGGAGAGCACGAAUGUCACCCGACCCGUGUUGCAAAGGCUCCUGCACUUGCACCACGGCGGCGAGAAUGACUUCUGGGCCUCGCAUGACCUCCAGCAACGCCCUUCCUCCGGAGUGCGUCUGGAAGUUCCCUCUUCGCCGCGGCCACUGCUGGUGAGGAACCUUUCGAGUGUGGAGACGCUUGAGGACCUACUUCGCUCCGCCGCCCUGCGCUGACUCUCACAGCGGAGGACAUGGUGAUAAAGAUGAGGUGGAUCUGAUGAAGGAAGAAGAUAACAAAGGACAAGGCGAAGACAUGGUGAAGGAAGUGGCGAAGAACACGGCGGAAGACAUAGUAAAAGACAUAAAGCAUAAGGUGAAGGAUGACGGAGAAAGGUCAUAACAAAGGAUAUGACGAACAACGGUCAUGGCAAAGGAUAUGGCGGAGAAAAGUCGUGACAAAGGAUAUGACAGAGAAAGGUCAUAGCAAAGGAUAUGACGAAGGGAAUGGUCAUAACAAAGGAUAUGACGAAGGGAAUGGUCAUAACAAAGGAUAUGACGAAGGGAAUGCCGAAGGGAAGACAUGAUGAGGGAAAUAGCGAAGAAAGAAUACGAAGGAAAUUGCAAAGUACUCAGUCAGCGGACUGACAAGGUGGAUGGCAGUGAAGGGACGACUGUGAAUUUUAAGUGAACUUCAUCAGAAUUCGAACGAAGAAAGACUAAGAAUUGUGUAUAGGUGAAGAAUAUUGUUAUAUGACCACAGGCCAAAAUAGUCUAUUGACUGAAAACUAUUUAAUUCUAUAGUGAGUCAAUGAGUCAGUUUGUUUUAAAAUAUGUAUUGAUUCAUGACUGAUUUUACUUUCUUGUUUUAAAUGUUUAGAAAGUAUAUGUGCAGCUGAAUGAUGCGUGCUGGAUAAAAUAUAUAUCUUUUUGUAUGCAUUA